AUGCAUGUAUGCAUAUGCAAAUAUGUUUUACCCCUGAUACCGUACACAUUCUCCCCAUUUACACUCUUAUAUUACUAUUAUUAUUACUAUUGUUAUUAUUAUUAUUAUUAUCGUUUUUCCUCCAUUCCAUUUCACUCUACCCCCCCCCCUCGACACACACACACACAUACACAAAGCCCCAAAAACCCGUGCACCAACCCAAUAGUUCCUCAUUCUGGUCGCGGGUGUUACAAACGUCAGGCGGAAGUUAUCCCUCUCCCACCGAGCCAACGGCAGUGUUACCACGACAUUGAAAUCUCACAACAAGUAGGGAGCAGUACAUUUUUGUGGGUUUUAGGGAGUGAAGGACAUCGGAAAGGUUCGGAGAUUAGGGAGGGUGAGGAAGAAGAUAGUAAAAAGAUGGAGCUUACGCAAGCAAUAAACCUUGCUUUCGCUGCUUUUCUAUUUGCGUGCGUUGCCGUCGUAAUGACUGAGUACAUGAUGGUGAAACAGCGCCGUCGUCGAGCUCAGCUGGCGAGAGCGCAUCGACAGGGUCGGCGGGAGGCAACUGGGCAGAGCAGCCAGGAGCGUGCGCGCAGCCGUUUGACACGUCAAGCCAUUGAAAUAUUAUUGGCCAACAAUUACGUGCAUGAAGGCAUUCCACUGGCUUCUAUGGUAGGUGUGACGGAGGUAUUGGCGGAUAGGGAAAUGCGUAGCAAUACUUAUCAAGGCAGGCCACCCCUCAUCACGAUGGCAGAUGGGAGGCGCGCUACGAUAUCUCGUGUGGCGGAGUUAGUGAGGGAAAACGGCCCAACGCCUGAUGCGCUUCCCGGCCCUUCAGUUGUGGAGCUCCUCGAAAGUUUAAGUCAACAGCAGCGGCGGGCGGGGGGAGCAGAACCCUUCGGUGAUUCUGGGCUUUCGGUAGCGGAACUGACGAUAGAAGAGUUUGCCAAGCUAGAAGACAAGAAAAAGAAACGCAACAGGGCAGAGGAAAGUAGUGUGGAAGAAGUAUACGGAAAGGGAUCAGAGUAUACGCACAACCCUGCUAACGUACGUACAGAAAAUGCUUUUAAUCAUCUAUGUAAAAGGGGCGAUGUUCCCUCCACCACAUAUUAG